CAUCACUGGGUGUUCUUUUUUUUUUUUUUUUCCUGGGGUUCAGUGUUGCUUUCGUAGGUUUGACUGUCAACAGCAGGACUAAAGAUGAACUGAUGCUCUAUUUACCCAGAAGUCUCACUUUGUGGCCCUGAUUUGUUAUUAAUGCUCUUGCUGGAACCGGAUUGACCCAUUUGGGCUGCGUAAAUACCAAAGGAAGCGGCUGGGGGGAGGGUGAAGCCGAGCGGCAGCUGAAGUCUGAAGUGGCCUUGUCAAGGCUUGGACCCCGGCGCAUUCAUUGUCAACAAGGAGACUCUUAAGCUGGAAACAGCAGCAGUGUCUGAUGAGGUGUGCUGCCUGUUUCCCUCUGGAAAAAUGCUUUUUUUUUUAAAAAUUACAUAACACAGAUAAAAAAGCUGCUCAAAUAAGUGACUGGAAGAACCUCUUUUACAGCUGAUUGUUCCUCUUCAGCGGAUAUUUGUUGUGUGAGGACAAAACACUGGAUUUACGUCGACUAAGAGGUAAAAAGCUACGCCAAUUUUUAUUCUGUGUAAGCGAGCAUCAUUAUUUUCACCCUUGCUGUGACAGGAUACACUCAUAGCGGCAUCAGUGGCCUUGAAUCCAAGUAUCAGGUUAUAUCAGCCUGAUCCAUCUCGGUAAGGCUACACCAAGCCAGCACCAAGCCAGCAGAGUGACACUGAAAUACAGUGCAGCUCAACAAUCGGCCUCCUGGGUUUGAACCACAGUCGAAGGCAAAGAACCACAUCCAUGCACAAGAAACCAGCCUGGCUGAGAUCCAUUUCAUCCACACGUCCUGGACUGUGAAGCCUGAUUGAUCCUGCCACAGGUGGCUGCACAGCUAUCGGCUACUCAAUAAUGCAUUGACUCAAGCUCAGGAGUGAAAAGGAAGGGGAAAGUGUGCGAGCCUCUGAUGCUCUCAAUAGGCGGAUGACUGUCAAGAGAAAGCAGGCGAUUACAUCUGCAUAACCCAGUGACUUCAGGACACGUGGAGGUGAAAACAGUGAACCGAUGUUGAAGAGGAAAAGAAAAAUGGCUGCUGACAAACUGACACUGGGGCGAGGACCAUAAGAAGCUUGGCCAAGCCAGACAACAGAAAGACUAGUAAACCAAAGCAGCGGACUUUGAAGACCAAAAGAAGGACAAGAACAAAAUAGGAUCUCGCCAAAGAGACAACUCUAGUAGUUCAAGAUUGGUAAUCACUCAGUAGAAGCAGUGAGUCUAAAGAAGUGUUGUCAUCAUGGUGAACACUGGCAUGCAGCUGAUCAGCUUCACCUGCGCGGUGACCGGCUGGAUCAUGGCGAUCGCCGUCACGGCCUUGCCUCAGUGGAAGGUCUCGGCCUUCAUUGGCAGCAACAUCCUGACCUCAGAGAUCAAGUGGGAAGGCAUCUGGAUGAACUGCAUCUACCAGACCACUGGUCACAUGCAGUGCAAGACAUACGACUCCAUGCUGGCCUUGCCUCCAGACAUCCAGGCGGCCCGGGCCCUCAUGUGUUUGGCCAUCUUCAUGGGCUGGCUCUCCUGCACCGUGUCCUGCUGCGGCAUGAAGUGCACCACCUGCGCUGGGGACGACCGCCGGGCCAAGGCCGGUAUCGCGCUCUCAGGUGGGGUUCUCUUCAUUCUCACGGGCCUGUGCAUUUUGAUUCCCGUUUCCUGGACUGCCAACACCGUCGUCCAGGAUUUCUACAACCCCAACGUGCCCCUGAUGCACAAACGAGAGCUGGGUCAGGCGAUUUAUCUGGGCUGGGCAUCUGCGGUUAUUCUUAUGAUCAGCGGGGCUGUCUUGAGCAGCACCUGCCCCCUCAUGGAGAGGAGUGGCAGAUAUCGCAGGGGUUACAUAGGUCGUAGCUUUGCUAAUUCACCCGCUUCGGCACCAGACCCCCCAAAACCUAUCACAACCAACAGUCUCCCAUUGAAGGAGUACGUAUAGGAGGGGGAGGAAGGAAUACCAGCAGGUAGAGAGGAGGAAGUGGAUGCUGUUAAAAACUGUGUAACUCUGGUUCUUUCCAGGUUUUAGGUAGGUGGAUUUGAGAUCUAUAUUUAUUAUAUAUAUUCAACCUAUAUUUUUGCUUUGUUUGUACAUCUCUUUGUAAUGUGAAACUUGUUUUCAAUAUUUCAAAAGAUUCAUGUUUGUUUGAAAUUUGACUUUCACUGUGAUUUAUAUUAGUGCCUGAAGAAAGCCUUCUGCCUUUACUGUCAAAUCAACAGCGUUCACAGAAACGUCUGAAUGUGAAGACGGCUUUUAUGAUGGCUUGUGUCGUGAAGACUGCAGUGAUAUUCUUUGACAGUGUCAUUACCUCUUGAUAUGACACAUAAAGCCUUGACUGAGUGUGGACACAUCAAAAUCGUGAAAUAAAAUAAGUUUGGUAAAGUGUG